AUUUAUAGUUAGUUUGUAACAUUAAUAAGCAUGUAUAUGGAGUGGUUGCUGACAAUGCUUAGGCUUUCUACCUUAACAAGCAUGGUAGAAGACAAACAAGAGCAUAUUACAUCUUUUUCGAGUGUGCUGGAUAAUGCCGAUCAAAGACGAUUAAGUGUUUCGUUCCAUCCAACAAUAAUACCCAAAGGAUUCAUGCAAAACUACGGUUCAGCAAAAGUUAUGCAUAGUUGCAGAAUAAACAUUAGGAAGCCUUGUAACAAAAGAAUCAAGAAAGUGAGCAGAAGUCAAUGCGAAAGAUGGAAAUGCUGUUGGAACCCACACAAUAUUGUCCCAUGCGCAAAGAACAAAUAUUAUGCAGUUAUUGAAACAACUCCAGAUGUUACCACUGCGGAGACAACGAAGCCCGUUGUUCCCAAUCCAUUCGCAGAAUGCGGACUCGUUUCACCCAGACCGUUUGACAAUUCGAGAUCAUUAGAAAUGGAAACGCCCAUUGCAAGAUUUCUCAUUGGUAUGGUAACAAGAAGAAUACUUCGUGGAACAGAUACAUUUGAAGGUGACUGGCCAUGGAUGGCAUAUCUUUAUGAAAGAGUGCGUGGAAGAGAUCGUGGAUUUAUUUGCGGAGGAUCUUUGAUUAAUGAAGAAUAUGUCGUAACCGCAGCACAUUGUAUUGCCCAGCCGAACUCCCCUGAAUUAUACGGGAUUGUUUUAGGACAACACAAUACGUCCGAAAUUUCAGAACACGAAGUAGAUUUUGAUAUACAGAGAAUUGUUCGGCAUCCGGAAUUUUUGGUAUCGUCGUUUAACAAUGAUAUAGCUAUAUUGAAGCUUUCUGAGCCAGUUGUGUUUACUCGAUACAUACGCCCUGUAUGUCUCGUACCGAGUGGGUUUCCAACAGAUUCAACAACUCCAAUUGAUUUUGAAGGAAAACCGUCAUCUUUAUCAGGAACCCUCUGUACAGUACUUGGAUGGGGUCAAACAGAAAAGAAAAAUCGGAGUGAAAUUAUGCAACAAUUGAACGUUAUAAUAAUACCACACUUUCUGUGUAAUUCCGUUACAACGAUUCCAUCAACGGAGCCUUACCAUGGACGUCCAGUGAACACAAACGACCCAAAGUUUUGUGCUGGAGGAGCGCAACAUGAAGAUACAUGUGCUGGUGAUAGCGGCGGUCCUUUACUCUGCAUACAAAACGAAAGAUAUUUUCUACACGGAUUAACUUCCUAUGGUACGACACCAUGUGGACAGCAUAAUAAACCAGGAGUUUAUACAAGGAUGGCUGACUUCUAUGAUUGGGUGAUGGAAAAUAUGGACUGAAAUAUAAUAAUGAUAUGUAUAUUAAAAUUGCUUAAAAGACAACAAUGCGUACAUAAGAGUCUCGUUGCUGAUAAGAUACCGAAUACUUGAAAAUCGUAGUAAUUAUUUUUACAAAGUCCGGCCACUGUGGUCUUUUAUGAAACACAUCACUAAUUUGAUGCAACCAACGAUUGGAAUAAAUCAACUGGAUUUAGUGUAUUGUUA